CGUUUUGCACAUUCAAGGGACGACACACACGUUUUUUUCUUCUAAAUUGUCAAUCAUUUACCAUUGCUUCAGAAAAUACAAAGCGAAGAUUAAACGAAGCAGAUCAUUUAAAAUCUGAAUAAAAGACGAGAAGCCGUAUUUGCCUCGUGUUUUUAUAAUGCAGUGACGUCACAUGUCAUUCCUUGUGUCUGCUGAAAGUGAAACAAAAGCCAGCUGACGACCUUAGUUAAUUUUCAGAUGUAGAGACUAGAAAGCCAGGCGUCGGCGCGUCUCGUGUUGAUGGCGUCAUCAAGAAUGGACUCCAAGCGCUCGGUAAAAACACCAAACAACGUGUACCCACACGGUCACAUGGGUAAAAACAAACAAAAAGGCAAAAAACAGCCAAAUGUCUUCCAAGUGGCAGCAAACAAGCACUUGAAGGCCAAAAACAAAGCCAAACCCAUCCGGACUACGCUUAAGCACAUCAACGCCAUGAAGAACGAGAAGGUGGAGAAACUGAACCAGAUCUUCUGGGAAGUGCAGGGGGACGUGAGCGGCGUUUCCAAACGUGUCGCCUCGCAAGCAGAGAAACCGCCGCAGCAGAUUGUCAAAGAGCCGCCAAAGGAGGCGGUAAAUGUUGACAAUGCUGCUCAGCUCUUCUCUCAACUCUGAUGGAUUUUCAUCAUCAUCAUCAUCAUCAUGUGAGCAAUAACAUCUUGAACAUAAUAAAACAUUCACUAGACUGUAAAUAACCAUAACAGUUGUUGCUAGAAUAUUAUAUAAGAGCGGUUGUUUCUUGCUUUCAUAAAAGCUGCAAUGCCAAACCUAGCCGCUUUCAAUCAUGUUCAAACCAAUAAAUGUAAGGACCGCAAUUCAAGCAAAAGCAGAGCUUCCCGGGUGCUUAAAUUCUGUAAAAUGUUUUUUUGUGUGUGUUGUAUGCUUCGAAAAUAGCAUGCAAUUGCUGAACCAUUUCUGAUGAAAUAUUAUAUGCUCAAAUCUGGGUUGUAUAAAUUGUGAUUUCCAAUUAUCUCACCUCAUUCUGCGAAUAAACAAUUGUUUGGGGGCAUUUUUAAUAAUUUUUUUCUGCUCUGUCAAAAUCUUCAGUUUGUUUACAGUUUAGGUGACGCGAAAGCUUGAAAUGUGAACCAACAAUGCUGCUGUUUUCAUCGAAAUAAAGAUCUACCUUAUAUGCAACACA